AUGCGCCGCCGCGUGGGCGCCGCCUACGACCGGUGCAUGGAGCUGGAGCUCGUCAUUGCCGACCGCACCCACUCGGGAAGCCUCUGCCUCGAUGACACGCUCAAGCUGUUUGAUGAAUUGCUUUCCCACGCCAGGCCCGCGUCGGUUACCUCCUUCAACCAGCUCCUCAACGACGUGUCUCGUGCCUCGGACCGGCGCUCCUCCUCCACCUCAGAGUCAGAGCUCGUCGUCUCCCUCUUCAACCGGAUGGUCCGUGAAUGCUCUGAUAAGGUGGCUCCCGACAGGUGCACCUACAGCAUCCUCAUUGGCUGCAUCUGCCGCAUGGGCCGCCUAGAGCAUGGCUUUGCCGCCUUUGGCCUCAUCCUUAAGACGGGCUGGAGGGUGAAUGACAUAGUCAUCAAUCAACUGCUCAAGGGCCUCUGUGACGCCAGGAGGGUGGGUGAGGCCAUGGACCUAUUGCUCCGACGAAUGCCGGAAGUUGGAUGCGCGCCUGGUGUAGUUUCAUAUAACACACUCCUCAAGGGUUUCUGCGAUGAAAAGAGAGUGGAGGAGGCACUUGAGCUGCUCCACAUGAUGGCUGAUGGUCAAGGACAAUGGGAAGAGGUGGUUCGGAGGUUUAAAGAAAUGUCUGCACGUGGUAUUGAGCCAAAUGAUUUUACUUAUGGUUUGCUUCUGGACUAUCUAUGCAAGAAUGGAAAUUGCAGUGAAGCUCGAAAUUUUUUUGAUUCUAUGAUUAGGAAGGGCAUAAAACCUAAUGUUACUAUCUAUGCCAUUAUGCUUCAUGGAUAUGGUAACAAAGGAGCUCUUUCUGAAAUGCAUGAUCUCCUGAGUUUGAUGGUAGCAAAUGGUAUUUCACCUAAUCAUUACAUCUUUAACACUGUGAUCUCUGCAUAUGCUAAAAGGGCAAUGAUAGAUGAGGUGAUGCAUAUAUUUAUCAAAAUGAAGCAGCAAGGUUUGAAUCCAGAUGUCGUCAGUUAUGCAACAUUAAUAGAUGCACUUUGCAAGUUGGGAAGAGUGGAUGAUGCUUUGCUCCAAUUCAAUCAGAUGAUCAAUGAAGGAGUGACUCCUAGCAUUGUAGUUUUUACCUCCCUUGUUUAUGGACUUUGCACUGUUGACAAAUGGGAGAAGGUUGAGGAAUUAUUUCUCAAAAUGUUGAAUCAAGGAAUUCGCCCUAACAUCAUUUUCUUCAACACAAUAUUGUGUAACUUAUGCAGAGAAGGACGGGUUAUGGAAGCCCGGAGGCUCACUGACUCGAUGGUAUGCAUGGGUGUCAAGCCUGAUGUUAUCUCAUACAACACAUUAAUAGAUGGCCACUGUUUAGCCAAUAGAAUUGAUGAAGCGUCACAGCUACUUGAUAGUAUGGCCUCAGUUGGCUUGAAACCUGACAUUUUUUCUUAUGAUACAUUGCUUAAUGGCUAUUGUAAAGUUGGCAGGAUAGACAAUGCAUAUUGUCUUUUCCGAGAAAUGUUGAGGAAGGGAGUUAUGCCUGGAGUUGUGACUUACAAUACUAUACUGCAUGGUUUGUUUCGGACUAGAAGAUUUUAUGAAGCAAAGGAAUUGUACCUCAAUAUGAUUAAAAGUGGAAAACAGUGGUCCAUUCGCACAUACAGCAUAAUUCUAAAUGGGCUUUGCAAAAACAAUUGUGUUGAUGAAGCAUUCAAAAUGUUUCGGAGCGUGUGUUCUAAGGAUCUUGAACUUGACAUUAUUACUUUCAACAUCAUGAUUGAUGCUUUGUUCAAAGGCGGCAGAAAGGAAGAUGCCAUGCAUUUGUUUGCUGCUAUCCCUGCUAAUGGUUUGGUUCCGGAUGUUGUGACCCACCGCUUAAUAGCUGAAAAUCUCAUAGAAGAAGGGUCGCUAGAGGAGUUUGAUGGUCUGUUUUCAGCAAUGGAAAAGAGUGGUACUGCUCCAUACUCACGAAUGUUAAAUGCUCUAGCUAGGAGGUUGUUGCGUAGAGGUGACAUAAGCAGGGCUGGGGCUUACCUCUCCAAGCUUGAUGAGAAGAACUUCUCACUUGAGGCUUCCACUACUUCCAUGCUUAUAUCAAUUUUUUCGAGGGAGGAAUAUCAGCACUAUGCAAAGUCCCUGCCUGAAAAGUAUCAUUUCUUCAGUGAUGCCAGCAAAUGA